AUGCUUCUUUAUGAACCAUACCACCAUGCUUUCCAGCAGCACUUUGCAUUCGACUCCGAGGCCAAGGAAGAAGACUACAUGUCCAGCAUAACGGACUUCUCAUAUGAGUCCAUGCCUUUCAGUACCGACAUUUUCAGCACUGAACGACAAGAAAACAAACACGAUAUGAUCAGAUCAAUGUCGCAAGGUAGCUUGCAGCAGAUACACCCAGAAGCAGCUCCUUCACUACUAUAUGCUGCUUCAGCACCCUCCAUACCCAGUGCGUCAUCAUCAACUGUGGGAUCGCCAUACCUAAGUCAUACCCUACCUGUACCCGCCCCCAGCAUGUAUGAGAAUUACAUGGGUGGCCCAGCAAUUCUUUGCGACGACACAAUCUUUGGUUAUGAUGCAUCACACUUCGAUCACGAAGCCACCAUCGGUCAGGAUGCCAAGUUGGCAGCGUCUUUCGUUGAUUCAGGCCUGCUGCCCAACACAUUGUCAAGCAGCUAUGCAACCUAUCCAGCGAAUCAAGUAGCAUCACCAUGUUCACCUGCUGCUUCUCCAGCCUCCUCAAACAGCUACCACUCCUUCAGUCAACCAAUGACCGUUGACAAUUUUAGCACAUCCAACGUUGUCUUGCGAAGACAAUCAAUUGCAUCUGUAAGAUCAUGUGCAUCUCCUCAGUCUGUGCACUCGUUCGACGAGGACCGGGAGAAGACGAGGUGCCCAUAUCCCGAUUGUGGCAGAGCUUUCAAGGACUUGAAAGCUCAUAUGUUGACGCACGAAAGGGUGAGGCCAGAGAAGUGUCCUAUCUUGAGCUGCGAAUACCACGUGAAGGGCUUCGCUCGUAAGUAUGACAAGAACAGACACACUUUGACUCAUUAUCGAGGUACCAUGGUUUGCGGAUUCUGCCCGGGAUCUGGUUCGGCCGCUGAGAAGAGCUUUAACCGUGCCGAUGUGUUUAAGCGACACCUGACAACAGUGCACGGAGUGGAGCAGGCGCCACCAAACAGCAGGAAAAGAAGUCCAAGCAAGUCGAGUAUCAAGCUGUCCAGCUAUUGUGCUGAUGCCACCGGCAAAUGCUCAACCUGCGGCGCUUCUUUCAACAACGCUCAGGAAUUCUACGAGCACUUGGACGAUUGUGUUUUGAAGAUGGUACAACAAGAAGAUCCUAUCGAGGCUGUUAAUGCUCAUCGGCUAGGAGAGCUCACAGAUGAUCCAGAUGUCCAAGCCACUUUUGAGCGUAACAACAUCAAGAGGGAGGAUAGCAGCCAGAGUCUUGAGGAUCUAGACGAGGAUGAGGAAGAAGCCGAUGACGACGAGGAAGAAGAAGAAGACGAACUCGAAUUCAAUGAGCGACCCGGCCGGGGUGCCAUCAAAGUCUCUAAAGUGACUUCUAAUCGAGCGAUCAUCGGCGGCAACAUCUCAAAGAAGACCUCAAAGAAGGGCCUAACUUGGUCCAAGGGUGGUGGCUCGAUCAUCGGCAAGAGCCGAAAGCGCAGAAAGUUCUACCCACCAUCCUGGGGUAUGGCCACUGACAGGAUGAACAUGAAGAAGCGUGUCGUAUGUGUCUAUGACGGCCAAAGAAGGUUGCUCAAGGACGAUAUGAUGAUGCACAACGAAUUCGAGGUACGCUUGCCACUGCGAAACGGCAGCAGCUAUGUGACCGACCUCGACAUUGAGACCCUGAAGCGCUCCAAUGCUUUUCACGACGCCACCACUGAAGAGAAGGGACCCUGGAUUCCAGAGAACGACUUCCUGCAGGAGUUCAAGGACUCUUGGCAGUAG